CAGAUAUAGGCACAGUUACGGCACGCUUCUAAGCUCUGCCAAUCAAUGUCGUGAGAUUGAAGCAAUAACUUUUUCUCUGCCGCCAACAGUUUGGAUCCCACGAUCCUCCAUCUUUUAUUGCUCUUGCUUUUCUUUCUCGCCAUCUUUCAGACUCACAUGCUUCGUUUUUCUUGGUGGUAGCAAUGUCGACUCCUGCUAGGAAGAGGCUCAUGAGAGAUUUCAAGAGGCUGCAACAGGACCCACCUGCAGGAAUCAGUGGUGCCCCUCAGGAUAACAAUAUAAUGCUGUGGAAUGCUGUCAUAUUUGGUCCUGAUGACACUCCAUGGGAUGGAGGCACGUUUAAGUUGACUCUCCAGUUUACUGAGGAUUAUCCUAACAAGCCACCGACUGUACGAUUUGUCUCUCGAAUGUUUCAUCCAAACAUUUAUGCUGAUGGAAGUAUUUGUUUGGAUAUAUUACAAAAUCAAUGGAGUCCUAUAUACGAUGUAGCUGCAAUACUCACUUCUAUCCAGUCACUACUUUGUGAUCCCAACUCAAGUUCUCCUGCAAAUUCAGAAGCAGCUCGAACUUUUAGUACGAACAAGCGCGAGUACAAUAGACGAGUUAGAGAAAUUGUGGAGCAAAGUUGGACAGCUGACUAAGCUGACCACCCGUCAUAUAUUUGUGGGCUUUUGAAGACAUGUAUCAGGUUUCACUGCUACCUACAAGAAUCACUGUGCCAACUUAUUGAAUUUCAUGUCGUAUUCCUUACUGUUUUUGAAUGUUAGGAUUAUCUUAUGUUUUAUCACUCCUAGACUAUGCAUUGUUAAUGUCAGUUCAUGUAUUAUAGAAUCGUGUUAAUUUGAAUUUGGAUUAUUGUCUAAU